GCCCGGCUCGUCUCCUGCAGCUCCGUGCUUUGUAUCUUUCCUGCUCUCAGGCGGAAGAGAUCCUGACAAACGUGGGGGCUGGAAAGUGGCUCCUUUGGCAGCUUCCAUUGCUCGCGCCUCUGUCUCCGGCUUCCUCUGUUCUGUGCAGCCUAGAGGAGCUGGGCUCCGGCCGGCUCCUUUAGAAGGUGGAGACCAGGGCACGGGAAAACCACUGAGACCCUGAAGGAGUGGGAUCUUGAUGAGUCUUCCGGUGCCCUUCUUGGUGACUUUGUCUUUUCCUCCUCCCGGGCAGUCCGUUAACUGCCUUCUACGAAGACGCGGGCGGAACCCUCCGGCCCGGCCUGCGGGCGGAGUCCCGUAAACCGUACCGGCUCAGCUCUCAGGGCCUGAGUGGGGCAGGAGGAUGCUUUCCCAGCCCCAUCAUGGAGCUGCGCUGUGGGGGAUUGCUGUUCAGUUCUCGCUUUGAUUCAGGGAACCUAGCCCACGUGGAGAAGGUGGACUCUGUGUCUAGUGAUGGGGAAGGAGUGGCAGGUGGGGCAUCAGCCUCCACCAGCAGCAUCGCCUCUUCCCCUGACUAUGAGUUCAACGUGUGGACCCGACCAGACUGUGCUGAAACAGAAUUCGAGAAUGGGAACAGGUCAUGGUUCUACUUCAGUGUCCGGGGAGGAGCUCCAGGGAAACUCAUCAAGAUCAACAUCAUGAACAUGAACAAGCAAAGCAAGCUGUACUCGCAGGGCAUGGCCCCCUUCGUGCGCACACUGCCCACCCGGCCACGCUGGGAGCGCAUUCGAGACCGGCCCACCUUUGAGAUGACGGAGACGCAGUUUGUGUUAUCCUUUGUUCACCGUUUCGUGGAAGGCCGUGGGGCCACCACCUUCUUCGCCUUCUGCUACCCCUUCUCCUACAGUGACUGCCAAGAUCUGCUCAACCAACUAGACCAGCGCUUUCUGGAGAACCACGCUACCCACACCAGCCCCCUGGACACCAUCUAUUAUCACCGGGAGAUCCUUUGCUAUUCUCUGGAUGGACUUCGUGUCGAUCUGCUAACGAUCAGUUCCUGCCAUGGGAUCCGAGAAGAUCGCGAGCCCCGCUUAGAGCAGCUCUUUCCUGAUAGCGGCACUCCGCGCCCGUUCUGUUUCACAGGCAAGAGGAUAUUCUUCUUAAGCAGCAGGGUACACCCCGGGGAGACUCCAUCUAGCUUUGUCUUCAAUGGCUUUCUGGACUUCAUCCUUCGACCCGAUGACCCCCGGGCCCAAACUCUGCGUCGCCUCUUUGUCUUUAAGCUGAUUCCCAUGUUGAACCCCGACGGUGUGGUCCGGGGCCACUACCGCACAGACUCGCGUGGAGUGAACCUGAACCGCCAGUACCUGAAGCCUGACGCGGUCCUGCACCCGGCCAUCUACGGGGCCAAAGCUGUGCUCCUCUACCACCAUGUGCACUCCCGCCUGAGCUCCCAGGGGCCCUCCCAGCACCAGCACAGCCCCCACCCGCCUCCCGCUGCGCCCCUUUCCGACCUCGAGAAGGCCCCCCAUCUCCAAAAUGAAGCACACGGCGGGCGCGCCUCUGAUGGGGACAGCCCCAAGGCCUGGACACAGCCUGAGCGGGCAGAGCAGAAGGCCAGCGCUGUGUGGAUUAUGGCCCAGCAGCCCCCAGAGGCUGGGCCCCCGGCCCCCGACAGCAUCCCCCCCCGAGAGAGUGGUGUCGCUUACUACGUGGACCUGCACGGCCACGCUUCCAAGCGGGGCUGCUUCAUGUACGGAAACAGCUUUAGCGACGAGAACACCCAGGUGGAAAAUAUGCUGUAUCCAAAGCUCAUCUCCUUGAACUCAGCCCACUUUGACUUCCAGGGCUGCAAUUUCUCAGAGAAGAACAUGUACGCCCGAGACCGCAGAGACGGCCAGUCCAAAGAGGGGAGCGGCCGGGUGGCAAUCUACAAAGCCUCAGGGAUAAUCCACAGCUACACACUUGAAUGCAACUACAACACUGGACGCUCAGUAAACAGCAUCCCUGCCGCCUGCCAUGACAACGGGCGUGCCAGCCCCCCUCCCCCGCCGGCUUUCCCCUCCAGAUACACUGUGGAACUGUUCGAGCAGGUGGGACGAGCCAUGGCCAUCGCAGCUCUGGACAUGGCAGAAUGCAAUCCAUGGCCCCGAAUCGUGCUGUCAGAGCACAGCAGCCUCACAAACCUCCGGGCGUGGAUGCUAAAACAUGUGCGCAGCAGCCGAGGCCUGAGCACCACUGUGAAUGUGGCUGUCAGCAAGAAGAGAGGCUCUCGGACGCCACCCAGAAGUAACAACGGGCUGCCCGUUUCCUGCUCUGAAAACACCUUGAGCCGCGCACGAAGUUUUAGCACUGGCACAAGUGCCGGUGGUAGCAGCAGCAGCCAACAAAAUUCUCCACAGAUGAAGAGCUCCCCCAGCUUUCCUUUUCAUGGCAGUCGGCCUGCAGGGCUGCCAGGCCUGGGCCCUAGCACCCAAAAGGUCAGCCACCGGGUGCUGGGCCCCGUCAGAGAGCCCCGAAGCCAGGACAGGAGACGGCGGCAGCAGCCACUGACCCAUCGCCCUGCUUCGAGCGCCCUGGCCCCAUCCCCGGCUCCUGCUCCUUCUCACCUAGCCUCUUCACAGAGCGUGGGCUCCUGCCUGCUGCCCAGCGCACUCAGCAUAUCAGGGAGCAGCUGUUCAUUCCUGUCCUCAGGGGACAAGCCAGAGGCUGUCAUGGUGAUUGGGAAAGGUCUGCUAGGGCCUGGACCUCGGAUCCCCUGUAUCAGGACCCGACUGCAGGCUAGGCCCAGGUUGGGCCGGGGCUCACCGCCGACUCGCAGAGGGAUGAGAGGCUCUUCAGGCCCCACAUCCCCUAUCCCCCGGACCAGGGAGAGCAGUGAGCCGGAGCCGGGACCCCACUCGACACCACGGCUGCCUCAGGCUGGGCCUCCACGGCCCCGCUCUGCCCCUGCCUUUUCUCCUAUUUCCUGUAGUCUGUCUGACUCCCAGUCCCGGAUUUGUUACAGUGGGGGGCCCUUGGGCCAGACUGAGGUUUGUUUUGUUCCUAAAUCUCCCCCACUCACUGUUUCUCCCAGGGUCUGACGCCUUGACGUUCACGCCCAGGAUAGAGCCCCCAAGAUAGGGAACAUAGUUAAGACAUAUGCGAGUCCCCUUUCUCAGCUGCUGAUUCCAUGUGACAAGUAUAACUCCUUGGAACGCCAGCCUCACUGUUCUGAGGCACUGCAUCACCUUGAAACAAGACAAAGCAGGGACCUGCCACCCCUUCCCUCCCUCCACAGCACAAGAUUUUGGGACCACACACACACAAAAAAAUCUAUAUUUUUAUAUUGGGGGGAGGGAGUAGAAAAGAAAGCAGCCCCUAUACUGGGCCCUACUCAGUGGCAGCUUCUUGUUCCAUAGGGUUAAGGAAGACUUUGAGGAAAUAAAAGUUGUUUGGAAAAAUC